UGGAGGAGGACAACAAAGCUGGCUCUCGGUAUCUAACACCCCAAACACGCAGUCUCAGCUUGUGAUCCGAUUAUUGCUUACUGCACAAAGCGGAGGAAACAGGAGGUCCCAGGUGACAGACUCCUGGGCUUUCAGACUCAGAGGCCAGCAGGACUCCAGCCGCUGACCUGACUCCUCCUCAGGCGCCUCCACCCCCCUCUCCAGGAUUUUGUUUUACCUAACUCAACUCAUUGCUGUGCAGCAAACCCAAGAAUCACAGCCUCCAGACUUUGCACAGGUAACUGGGUUGGGGAUGCAGGGCCGAGCUUAGGCCCUGCACCACCCAUGGCAUCCACAGGAGUACUGACCCGGGUCCUAGGAGGAGAUGCAACCUUAACUGCAUCCCCAAUCCUAGCUGGUCACUGGCCCUGCCUCCAUUUCAGCUCGGGCAGCCUCAGCGUUGGUCCAAGGAUGUCAAUGAAGUAUAAAAACCUCCGGUCCUUUGAGAGUGAGGAGAGAAGCCAGGGGAUUAACAAUGGACCGUGUCCUCCCCAAGCCCUCCUCAAGCGUCUCUGCUUUGGACCCUGCCUCCUCCUGCUCUUCCUGGGCUUCAGCCUCUUCCUGCUGGUGGAUAUCUGGAUAAUUGGAUCCAAAGGUGCCAAUAUGCGGAGGGACCUGGAGACCCUGAGAGCAACUUUCAGCAACUUCACUUCCAACACGGAGGCUCAGGUCCAGGCACUGCACUCCCAGGGUGGCAGUUUGCAAGCAACAAUAACAUCUCUGAAAGCUGUGGUGGAAAACCAGGAGCAGGAACUGCAGGCAGCCCGCAGCUUGAAUGACAAGGUGUUUUCUCUGGAGAGCAAGCUGGAGAAGGAGCAGAAGGAACUCCAAGCAGGUUAUUCUGAAAUGCUCCUGAGAGUCCAGCAGCUGGUCAAAGACCUGCACACCCUGCACUGUCAGGUGGCUGCGCUCCAGAGCAAUGACUCCCAAGAUGCCUGCUGCCCCGUUGCCUGGCUGGAGCAUGACGGCAGCUGCUACUGGUUUUCCCGCGCUCGAUCGACCUGGUCAGAGGCUGAGAAGUCCUGCCAGCUGCAGAACGCCCACCUGGUGGUCAUCAACUCCAGAGAGGAGCAGAACUUCAUCGCACAGCACUCGGCCCCAUUUCACACCUGGAUAGGUCUCGUUGAGGGUGGCGGCUCCUGGAAGUGGGUGGACGGCACAGACUAUCGGAACAGCUACAAGAACUGGGGUGCCGGGCAGCCCAACAACUGGAAGGGGAACGAAGAUGACGCGGAUGAAGACUGCGCCGAGGUCCGGGAGGACGGGCGCUGGAACGACGAUGACUGCCAGCGGGUGCAGCAGUGGGCCUGCGAGCUGAAGCUGAAAAUCCCCGGCCAGGAGCCCUAACCCCAGCAGUCUCCACCCGCACCCCUCCCCUCCCCAGCUCCCAGCUUCUCUGUGGGGAUUUGGAAUGAAGGAAGAAGAGUUGGGAGGCGUUGAGGGAAGACAGAACAAAGGGGUUUAAGAAUCUCAGACCCCGGGGGGCACAGAUCCCGCCUCCUUCUGCCGCUCACUGGGAGGGUUGUCACCUCCGGCCUCCUCGGUGGAGCAGGAAAAGAGAAACCAAUGCUGACACUC